AUGGCAAAAAGAAGUUUACAAACCUCAUUAUCUAAUUUUUUAGUUAAAAAGCCAAAAUCUUCGACCGAAUCAGCGAAAGAAGCUGCAAGUUGCAGCCAUACAGGUACAGCCAAUUCAAUGUUGCAUACAGAUGAAAUACCGACAAUUCCGGAAAAUAAUAUUCAUGAGUUAGACAUCGGUUGGAGUUUUGAUCAAAAACUAAACCAUGAUUUUAAGUAUAAACUCUUGACGGCUGUGUGGGUUCCAGAUGAAAAAUAUAACUUUCCCAUUUCCAAAAAAAGAAACUUAAAAUUUCAAUUAAGUUGGCUAAAACGUUUUCAGUGGCUUAGCUAUACCGCCAAAGGUGACCAAGGUGCAGUGUGUAGGUAUUGUGCAGUUUUUGCACGCGAAUUUAGUGGAAAAGGAGAUCAUCAGAAGCUUAAUGCAUUAGUUGCAAAACCUUUUAAUAACUGGAAAGAUGCUAUUGAGGUAUUUAUCCAACACGGUAAAGCUGUCUAUCACGAAAAUAACUCCGUUUUUGCCGAUAAUUUUAUAGCAACUUUUAAUAGAUCUACGCCUGAUAUUAUGAUGCAACUCGAUUCUAGCCGUUCUAAGCAAAUUUCAGAAAAUAGAAGAAAACUAGCACCUAUAAUUGAGACAAUUAUCUUGUGUGGGCGUCAAGAGCUAGCUCUACGAGGAACUUCUGAUUCUGGGCCAUUAAAUUUGAAUCAACCCACUCAUAAUGAUGGAAAUUUCAGGGCUUUGCUGCGUAUGCGCCUCUCAUGUGGUGACAAAAAUUUAAUUGAUCACAUUCAAGGCCAGUCGUUAAACACAAUGUACAUAAGCCCAAUAAUUCAAAAUAAUGUUAUCAAAAUUUGUGCCGAAAUAAUACAACAAAAAAUUGUACUUAAAAUAAAGAGAGCAAAAUUUUUCUCUAUUCUAAUGGAUGAAACUACAGAUAUUUCCCGUACUGAGCAGUUAUCCCUUUGUGUAAGAUACAUAGAUUUUAAUGAAGAAAUCGAAAACCAAUCCUACACAUUGCGAGAAGAUUUUUUGCAAUUUGUAGCUAUUCAUAAUACUACUGGUAAGAAUUUAGCGACAGUAAUGUUAGAAAGUUUACAAGAACUUGGAAUAGAUUGCACUUACUUAGUUGGACAGGGGUAUGAUGGAGCUGCUGCAAUGAGUGGCAGUUUUAAAGGCGUACAGGCUAUAAUAAAAGAAAAAUACCCGGCAGCAAUGUACGUGCACUGUAGUGCUCAUUCUUUAAAUUUAGCUCUUGCCCAUUCAUGUAAGGUUCAGAGUAUUAGAAAUUGCAUUGGAACAAUAAAAUCUAUAGCAAAUUUUAUAAAAAUACCAGCUAAGCGCACUGAGAUAUUAAAAAUUAAAAUAAAAGAACAUGUUCCAAAUACUAAAUGGACUAAGUUGACAUCCAUGUGUGAAACACGGUGGGUGGAAAAUCAUGACGGACUAAUAAGGUUUACUGAAGUUUUUAAACCAAUUGUUGAAACACUAGAAGAUCUAAAACUAGUAAAAGACAUCGAAACUUCCUCAAAAGCUUUGCAAUUUCUUCGGGCGAUUAUGACUAGUGAGUUUAUCAUCAGUAUGUUAACUGCGUCCACUUUAUUUGCUUUUACUCUACCUUUAUGCAGAAUUUUACAGUCUGUGGAUUUUGAUCUAAUAAGUGCUGUUGAGCAUGUGGAUACUGUUAUUAGUCAGGUAAGGAAUAUGAGACUUAAUAUAGAUCAGGAAUUUAGCAAUAUUUUUAAAAAAUCUGAAACACUUAUAAAGUCUGUAGAUGACCAAGAGUGCAUAAAAAUUCCAAGAAUAGUUGCACGUCAGCAAAAUCGUCCUAAUGUCAUGGUAGCCACUGCAGAAGAAUAUUUUCGAAUUACAGUUGCAAUUCCCUUUUUUGACGAUUUUAUCGAAGAAUUGACUGAAAGAUUUGCAAAUCAUAAAAAAUCACUUUCAUCAUUAUAUUUUCUAGUGCCAACUAUGUGCGUUACACACAAAGUAAAAAUAGAAGACUUUUCUUUAUAUGAAGAAUUUUUGGACUUUGAUACCUUAUCUGCAGAGUUAAAGUUAUGGAAACAAAAAUGGACUGACUUGCCUCAAGCUGGAAGACCAAAAAAUGCUAUUGACGCAUUAUCAGCAUGCAAUCGAUCUAUAUUUCCUAAUAUACAUAUUCUUUUAAAAAUUCUUGCUACAUUACCUGUAUCUACAGCUUCAUCGGAAAGAUCAUUUUCAUUAUUGAGACGUUUAAAAGACUAUUUGCGGAAUUCAACUGGUCAAGAACGUCUAACAGCUUUGUUGCUAAUUUUGCAUCUUUCAAAAGGCCAGGAUAAUUUUGGUUUUAACAAUUUUAACCCAAACAGUCCAAUAGCGAAUAGAAGACAGUUUCCAAAUCCCGGUUUUAGACAAAACCAAGGUUUUGGAGGCUUUGGGCAAAUCCAAGGAUUUAGUCAAAACCAAGGCUUCGGUCAAAACCAAGGCUUCGGUCAAAACCAAGGCUUCGGUCAAAACCAGGGAUUCGGUCAAAACCAAGGCUUCGGUCAAAACCAGGGAUUUGGUCAAAACCAAGGCUUCGGUCAAAACCCAGGCUUUGGUCAAAACCAGAGACCCGGUCAAAAUCAACGACCCGGUCUAAAUCAAAGACCGUCUCAAAACCAAAAUACCAGCAGACCUGGUAAGAGACCAAGCCCUUUCGAUGCCCUGUUUUUCCCUGAUGCACCUUUAAAUAAUGUCGUUGAUCCACAAGAAUUUACCACCCAAAGAUCCCGUACCACCACUCCAAGAACUGGAAGCACUACCGUUGAAAUUCCCGGUAUGGGAACCACCCAAUCUCCGUGCGAAGACAGAUGCAUGACAACGUCGCAAUAUAAUCCGCUUUGUGGGACUAAUAGAAUAACCUAUAGCAACCCCCAAAGGUUGGCUUGCGCCCAAAAUUGUGGAAUAAAUGUCAAUAUGCUUCACGCUGGUGCAUGUCCAAGAACGGUUAUAGCCGGUUGAAAAAAAAAUGUGUUAUUUUAAAUAAUUUGUAACCUUAAAAUAAAAAAAAACAAGACUGCAUUAAAUUUUAUAAUUCAAACUUAAAAAUUAACUGGUUUAUAAACUUUUAUUAACUCACCUAAAUAUUAUGAACUUAUAUUUAAAUAAAAGACUGAAUAAAAAUG